AUGGCCCCGCAAUUCAACGCUCCCGCCGCAGGCACCUCUUACUUCACCCCCGCUCAGUACCCGCCCGCGGGUACCGUCUACGACCCUCAGCCCGAUGGCAAGGCCAUCCCCAUUCUCUUCACGCCCCUCAAGAUUCGCGGCGUUGAGUUCCAGAACCGCAUUUGGCUCUCCCCUCUCUGCCAGUACUCUUCCGAGGAUGGCGUGAUCCAGGAAUGGCAGCACGCGCAUCUCGGCGGCAUCUUCACGCGCGGGCCCGGCCUCACCAUGGUCGAAGCCACCGCCGUCCUCCCCGAGGGCCGCAUCACGCCCGAGUGCGCCGGCAUCUGGAACGACGCGCAGGCCGCCGCCUGGUCCAAAAUCGUCGAGUUCGCGCACUCACAGGGCCAGAAGAUCGCGAUCCAGCUCGCGCACGCCGGCCGCAAGGCGUCCACGCUCGCGCCCUUCGUCAACUUCGGGCGCGUCGCGGACGCCGCCGCGGGCGGCUGGCCCGAGGACGUCCUGGGGCCGAGCACGAUCCCCUUCGCCGAGCAGUUCCCGCAGCCGAAGGCGCUCACGAAGGCAGGCAUCGAGCGCAUCGUCGCGGGCUUCGUCGCGGCCGCGAAGCGCGCGGUGCGCGCGGGCUUCGACGUCGUCGAGGUGCACGGCGCGCACGGGUACCUCAUCAGCUCGUUCCUGAGCCCGACGAGCAACGACCGCACGGACGAGUACGGCGGGAGCUUCGAGAACCGCGUGCGCCUCGCGCUCGAGGUCGUCGACGCCGUGCGCGCGGUCAUCCCGCCGACGAUGCCGCUGCUGUUCCGCGUCAGCGCGAGCGAGUGGCUCGAGGAGGUCUACCCGGACCGCCCGUCGUGGCGCUCGGAGGACACCGUGCGUCUCGCGGGACUCCUCGCGGAGCACGGCGUGGACCUGCUCGACGUGUCUUCGAGCGGGAACCACCCCGCACAGAAGAUCAAGACCGGGCCCGCGUACCAGGCGCACUUCUCGGAGGCAGUCAAGAAGGCGCACGGGGACAAGAUCCUCGUCGGCGCCGUCGGCUCGCUCGACAGCGGACACGUCGCGGAGGCCGUACUGCAGAAGGGCCAGGCGGACGUCGCGUUCGUCGGACGGCUCUUCCAGAAGAACCCUGGACUCGUGUGGACGUUCGCGGACGAUCUCGGCGUGGAGAUCCACCACGCUGGUCAGAUCGGCUGGGGCUUCAAGGGACGCGCGAGAACGAAUGUGCAAAAGAACGUCAACAAGUUGUAGACGUACACGGAUGUAUUCGCCGGGGUCGCUUUGUCAAUAAUACACUCUAUAAUCGC